AUGGUGAACGACUUGAAUGUUUCUGACGAUACAGUGAAAUUUGUUGACGACACCACUAUCUGUGAGAUCGUCUUGAAGGGUCAAGAAUCCAACUCGGUCCUACCGUCUCAAAUUACAGAAUCUACUGAAUGGGCGUCUGAGAAUAACAUGAAACUGAACCCUACAAAAACAAAAGAAGUUCAUGUUGGGUUUUCUCCUCUUGAUCCCGGGCCUCUUCCGCCGAUCACCAUUGACG